AGGGAGAGGAGGGGAACCGAGCAGACGGACGGACGACAGACCGACCGGAAGGAGCGGAACACACGGGAGGAAAACCUGAGCGCGUGGAGGGAAUGGCACGUUUGUUUGGGAUCUGACCCGCCGCUGCUUCCUGUCGGGACUCCACCAGAGGAAACACGCACGGACACGCCAAGUUGGGCGCGUGCGUGCGAUUGUUUGAGCGUGCACGCGCUUGCUCAGCCUGAAGCUCCAGACUUCAUUCAUAAACAUUUUCAUUUUCUCAGAGCGCGUGCGGGUGUGUUUGUGAGUGUGUGUCACUGGUCGUGCACGUGCGCGCCCACGCCCCCAUCCCUCAUCUGCACGCGGUGGAUAGAGAGUAUGGAUUUAUCUGGAUCGGCAGCAGCGGGGGAGGAUUAGCAUGAUUAUUACCGGAUGGCUGUGAAAGCAGGAGGGACACCCUGGACAGAACACCACCGAAGAAGACAGCAAGUCAUGGUGGGCUGAGCAGCAUCCUCGCGGUGGACGCUCCCAUCUGAAGCAGAGACCAGAGAACCACAGGCUCACAGCAUGGUGGAUGCCAGCACAUCUUACAGGAUGAACCCUCUCGCUGCCCUCAGCAUGGACCGCUCCGUUCUGGUCAGUGAAAGCUACCGGCCCCACGGAGGACUUCUCUACACGGGUAUCCGGCCUUUCUCAGAUAAGCCCCAGGAGGCCGGACCCGCCCUCCCUCCAGGCUACGACCUCCUGUACAAGCCCGACGUGACCACGGAUGGUCAGAAGUCUGCUAAUGGAUUUGUGGGACUGUACAAGAACCAGCCUGUGGGUUUACAAAAACCUCUGGUGGUCUCUGCAGCAGGAGGUGAUGCCCUGGCUCUGGACCGCAGAGUCCUACCGACCGACAAACAGUCAGAACUGGGCGUCGCCAGCUUCCUGAGACUGCCGUGGAUCAGUCCUUAUGCUGAUCCAUCAGUCUACCCCUUUCUGGACAUGGCCUAUAAGGCGUCCUUCCUGUCCCAGCCUUCCCCCUUCGUUCACCAGCAGAUGGCGUUUCAGUCUCUCUGUGCUGCAGGAGGCGCAACACCUGGGGACGACAGACUUUUCUACCUGCCUCAGUACAACCCCUCCCCUUUGGGCUCUUCUAUCAGGUUCCCCUCUGCCACUCCGGCUUCUGCCGUCCUGUCAGCCCCGAGCCUCCGCCAAGACAAACCUCUACAGGGUUUGAGUCCUCAGGUACACCAGGAACAGUCCGCUUUCAGCACCAGUCCACAGAUCCACCAGAAACCCAAGCCUCAUGCUGCUCCAAACCCUGAGAGACUCCACGGUGGAAAGUCCAACCAUCUAUCCUCCUCCAUUAAUGCUCUGAGUAGAGGUGGAGGAAGCAGUGAGGCCCCUGGGACCAGUUCAGCUACCACUGCUGCCUUAGAAUCCCCCCCAGUCAACCAAACCCCCACAGACCUCCAGAAGUCCCUUUACAGAAGGUCCUUCUCAUCUUCAGCCUCCCUGUCUCAUCCUUUUAACACGAGCCUGGGCUCAGAGACCUGCAGCGCCAGCACUAAAGAGGCUGUGAAGAGGUGUCCAUCACCCAAAAAGACACAGAUGGACCGGACUGUACCCCCAAAGCCCACCGAGGAAAACCAGCCAGAUCUGACCGCCAAAGAGCUAGAGGCACUCUCAAACCGACUUCCAUCAAAGUUGGGGUGUUUACUGCAGUCAGAUGGCCUGCCUUCACCUGUGAGUACACCUGCAAAGACUCCAGACUGUCCUGAGGGGAUCAGCUCUCUACCCUCCCCUUGGGUUGUCCCGGGUUCCUCCCCGGCUGUGAGCUCUGAGCACAACAGAGGAACUCAAAUCAAGAAAAGUUCAGACAAUCUUUCUCAGAAUUCUCCUGGCUCCGUUACAGAGAUACCUGGUCCAGGUUCUGCCCCAGGGGGAAGACCUUCUGCACCUUCUCCUCCCCCAAAGCCGAGACCUGACUGGCCUAGAGUUCUCCCUUUUGAUUCGGACAAAGUCAGUCCUAAAAGUAGAGGAGAAACUCGGCCUAGUUCAGAGAAACAGAGCUUGACUUCUCAAGAGACCAGUGUUCAUCAGCAACCAAAGGGAACCCCCUCAAGUCAGAGCUUUGCAGACUCCUACCUCCCUCCUGGCUUAGGCUUCACAAACCGCUAUGUCCCGUACGCCAUAGCUGAGGAUUUGACCGUGCAGCGCAUGACCAUGCCAGGGAAGGGGCCCGUAUACCCUCACCCAGUCCUGCUUGGCAGCAGCAACUUCUAUCCACCUCGCCUUGUUCCAGAGCCUGGCCUGACAUACGGAGUCCAUCCAAACAAAGGGGACUUCAUGGCAUACCGGAAUCCUCAGGCGGCCCCUCCACCUGUGUCCUCCCACUCAGGUCUAGACCGCCUCGGCACCAAGGAGAGAAGUUGGAGAGCAGAACCACACAGGAGUCAGGACAGGCCCUGCGAUGACUCCUCCCACAACGAGAGGGACAAGUCCAAGCACCAAACCAUGAAGGCCCAGAGCAAGACUCUGACUCCUGCCAGAGAAGAUUUCAUCUGUAUCGACCUGGUCCAAGAUGACCUGGACGAGGACUCGUCCAAUAACGAGCACAGCUCUCCAUGCACCAUCAGAGAGGAUUUCACAAAGCCUGCCGUCAGUAGCUCUAACCACCUUCAUGAAAGACAUCCAUGGUCUUCUAAAGACCACCUUCCAAAGCAGGCUGGAAAGCAAAUAGGAGGCUUGGUACCCCAGACAGUCCAACCAGAACCUCCUGACCACAGAUCUUCAUCUCCCACAUCAAGUAAGGAGAUCUCUCAGGAGAUCCAUGAAGAGGAGGAACCCCUUAGUCCAUUUCCAGACAUCCCAGAGGAGCAGAUGAUGCGCUGUGCCAGAACUUCUCUUCUUCAGUUUUCUAGAAAAUGUAAACCUGGAGCCUCGAAUGGUGCUGGGAGUGCUGAGCUUAGAGUCCCCAGUGAACAGGAACGCUUGGUAAACGGUACAAGCACUGGCGAUGGUAUUCAGCCAGAGACCACAGCUCAUAAAAAUGUGGACUCGGAGCAGACCUUAAAAGAUGACGGCUCACUGGGUCUAAUUAAGGAACAUAAAUGUUCUAGUGGAGCCGUGUGUGCAAUCAGCCGCCAGCAGAGCCCAACAUACGGGGGCGGCUGUCCCUCAGAUAGUCCCGUUUGUUGCAGUACGGGCUCAGCACAUAGAGAUUUUAGUCCUCAGGUCCCAGCCUGGACCGGUUUGAAUCCCAGGGUACCAGCUGAGGGAGUCAUGACCAUCAGAGCACCUGUGUGUUACAAGAUAAAUCCCAGAAGUUCUGCCUGUAAUCUCAGAGACCCUAACAAUCAGAAUCUCAGCAGUAGAGACUUCGUGGGGCCAUGCUGCAAAAACCAGACUCUGAGGACACCAUCUGGAGAAGCCAGAAUUUACAGCAGUCAGAUUCAGAACUGCAAAAGCAUCAACCCUAGAUUACCUGAUGGGGAAAACCGUGAUUGCAUGAACUCAGGUUGCUGGAACAUCAACCCCACGUCUCCAGGGAGGAACCCUUUCAUUGGUCCAAAUUCUACAAGUGAUAUGUCUAAAGGUCAGGCUGUCCCUGUGUAUGGAAACCAUUACCCUGCUGGUCCAAACUCUCAGCACUUUCCACCAGGAGAUCCAGCCAGUCAGGACUUGGACAGGAGGCCUACUGAUCUGAAUCAAGAACUUCCAGUUUGCCAAGACCUGGAAGCUGAGUGUCCCUCCGCUAAUGAGGUGGAACCACGCUCCAGCGUCAUCACCAACUUCAGUGAGGAUGGUAAGGAGAAAACCCAGGACGGCAUGGACCCACAAACAGACGAGGAUGAGGGUCCAGGCUCCUGCAAAAACCGGCGCUCUGGACUGACCAAACGGAUCGCCAACUCAUCCGGCUACGUGGGGGACCGGUUUAAAUGUGUGACCACAGAGCUUUCCGCCGACUCCAGCCAGCUGAGCCGCGAGCAGAGAGCCCUGCAGCGUGCAAUGCUGCGUUUCUCUGAGCUAGAGCUGAAGGAGAAAGAGGGAGGACAGGGAGGAGGACAGGAGGAGGGGGAGGUGAUGACAGUGGCGGGGGAGACGGCGUCGGCAGACAGCCGCCAGGGAGGUUCAGAGAGAGGAGGAGAGGAAGAGAGGAAGAAUGAAGGAGGAGGACAAGGCUCGUCUUCAGCCGCCCCGGAGGCAGCAAGAGAUGAGGAGAACGAUGAGGAGGACAGAGGAGGUCUGCAAGAGGAGGACGAGAGGAGGAGUUUAGUCCCACAACAACAUCAACAACCCGUUCUGUCUCCGUCCCCAGUCCUCUGUCAAGGAAAUACUUCCACGCCAGUCUCCACGCCGUCCUCCACGCCGUCCUCCACGCUGUCCUCCACGCCGUCCUCCACGAUGUCCUCAACAACGUCCUCCACGCCAUCUUCCACGCCUAUUCUCGUGGGCUCCAACCUCACGUCUGUGAUAAACCGCAGAAGAAUUUUCAGUCUGGAGCCGUUUCACCAGAGCAGCAUCACCAGCAGCCGGCUGAAGAGAGGGAGAGAGGAGGAGGAGGAAGAAGAGGAGGAGACGGCUAACCAAGAGAAGAUAGCAAAGAUAGCCAAUGUCUCAGACUCCACCCAGGACGACGUGAAGAAGCUGAAGGUUUGCAUCGAGCUGAAUGGCCUCACACUUAACAAGCCCCGCCUCUCUGGAGAGCUCAACCAAUGGCUGCCAUUGGACCAGAGGUCAGCAGAGCCGGUCAGGAAGUUCAGGAUGGACGGCCCAUCUGUCAGGGGUCCCAACAGAGGCUGGCACAACCCGACAUUCACAAGAAGGGAAGAACCAAGAGGUUUCCCGGUGGCGCCGCCGACCUCUCCCACCCACCACUUCCAGCGGUCUUGCAGCCCUGGCCUCCGACCACCGUCCCCCUGGUCCUUUGGCUCCUCUGGCAUCCAGAGCCAACACAUCAGGCUGAAGGAGAACCGACGGCCCUCCUCCUUCCUGCCUUCCUUCCCUCCUCUCCCUCCAUUUCCUCGCCACGAUGAUGACCUCAGCAAGCCAAAGGGGAAGCGACUCUGCAAGACAAAGCACACAGGAGGGGAGAGGGUUAGGGAGGAGGAGAGAGAAGGAGGCGGCGAGGAGAGCCGCGGAAAGGUUUCUCCAUCUCACUUGCCCAGCCCUCGCCCUUCCUCUCCACAGAGCCCACACCCACCCCGCCCCGCCCCUCCUGAAGUUCGUAGACUGAUCGUGAACAAAAAUGCCGGAGAGACGCUGCUGCAGCGUGCCGCCCGCCUGGGAUAUGAGGAGGUGGUGCUGUACUGUUUGGAGCGUCAGGUCUGUGAUGUCAACCACAGAGAUAACGCCGGCUACUGUGCUCUACACGAGGCCUGCGCCCGUGGCUGGCUGGGGAUCGUACGCCACCUGGUGGAGCAUGGCGCUGAUGUCAACUGCAGUGCUCAGGAUGGGACCAGACCGCUUCAUGACGCCGUGGAGAACGACCAUGUGGAGGUAGUCCGUUUCCUGCUGGCCUGUGGCGCUGACCCCACCCUGACCUCCUACUCUGGACGAGGACUGAUCAGCAUGACCCACAGCGCCAGCAUGGAGACCUUCCUGGAGGACUAUCUCUCCGACCUCCAGGGGCGAUCGGAGGAUGAUCCGGGGAUCUGCUGGGAGUUUUACGGCAGCUCCGUGUGCGAACCUUCCAAUGAGGGAGGAACGUUCAACAUUCUCGCCGACCCUCCAGGACCCGAGGAGGAAGAGGACGAUGAAGAGGAUGGUGAUGAUGAAGAGGAUCGAGCCAAGAGGGAGGUCUUUGAGUUUGAGCUGUCUGAUCGACCUCUACUGCCGUGCUACAACAUCCAAGUCUCCCUGUCACAAGGCCCGAGGAACUGGCUCCUCUUCUCCGACGUCCUGGGCCGUCUUCGGAUCACGUCUCGAUCAUUCCGGCGUCUCUUCCCUCAGCUCAACAUCCAGUCCAUCCCGGAAGACGAGUUCUACCGGCAGGCGUCUCUGUCCCAGCUCCUCACGGGUCCCGACGAGCAGGAGCUGUCCUCCUUCAGGCCAGACGUCAAGGACCCCCUGGAGCUGGUGGAGGCCACGCCCGAGCUGGCCGGCAUGCUCGGCUCUUCCAUGGAGUUCGUGGACAGUCGCUGGGACUCCAUGGAUGCUUCGCCGCCUCCAACACCCCCACCUUUACCGUCACAGCGACCAACCCAACGACUUCAGUCGUCUUUUCUCCCCACCUAUCACCCGGGGGCGGCCGGAGCUAAUGCUAACAGAGCAUCCUGCCAAGGAUUUACUGAUGCAGGACACUUGACUCCAGCGGCCAGAUCGGAAACCAGAAUGGAAGCUAGCAUCUGGGAACCACAGCAGCUAGGGGGUAAAAACCCCAGGCUCCCUGUUCCUUCAAAAUUAAACCACUCAUACAUGUGGGAACCUCAAGGUUUACAAAGUAAGACCGUACGGAUUGCUAAUUCAGCUAAUCUGGACUCUAAAAUGGAGAGCAGACUCUGGGAACCAAAACGACAACAAAGCAAAAACAGCUGGAUCUCAAAUUCGUUUAAUCAGGACUCAAAGAUAGACACCGGUCUGUCGGAACAACAACUACCACAAAGACUUAAGGAUACUGAGAAUGUCAAUUCAGUCAAUUUGUACUCUAAAAUGGACUCUGUUUCAUCAGAACAAAAACCAUGUGAUACCAAGGACCCUGGGAAUGCCAAACCAACUAAGUGUGGCUCUAAAACAAACGCCACCACACCAGAACCACAACCAGAACUUUGCAAGGAUGCUGGGAAUGCUAGUAGCGCUAAUAAGAACCCUAGCAUUGGUACUCUAGACUCACAAAUGGACUCAAGUUUGUCAGAACCUCCUCAAGGAAAGAAGCUGACUGGUAAAUCCUCAGUUCGGCCCUCUGUGGUCGAUGCUAACGUGUGGGAACCGCAGCGACUGCGCAGUCGAAGUUCUGGGAACUCGAAUGCCAAAACAGGCACCACCACUCCAGGACCACAGCAAAGCAAGAACGCCUCUCUGUCUGGAAAACCAAACGGUUCUGUUGAUGCCAGCGGGUGGAAACAACAAAACCAGAGGGGUAAGAGUGUUUCAGGUUCAUCACAUCCGGGGUCGUCUGGCGAGGGUUGUGCAAAGGAACCACAGCGACUCCGAAGUAAGACUGCAGAGAUCACAAGCGCUAAUGCUAACGUGAAUGCUAGCAAGAGUGAACCAGAGGAGAAGAAAGUCAGCGUGGCCGUCACGGCCCCUAAAAGAGAAGCAAAUCCCUGUGACAGUCCAGGUCAGGGAGGAAAGAUGAUAAAGAUAGACGCUGCCUGGCAGAGGAGCCUCGCCAGCGUCAGGGUUCACAUCAGGGACCUGGGGAUGAAGCUGGGGGGAGGAACCAUCCAGAAAGACUUUCAGAGAGAGCCGAGCAAGGCCGCUGGGCGAGUCAGAACUAGGUCAUGA